AUGAUGCGAAUUCGUGAAAACGAUAAAAUUAACGUGACUUUCUCCGCCGAGAAACCGUCAUUGUGUGUCAAGGAGCUUCGCCGACUAGCUGGAAUGGGUAAUUUUGUCGACUCAUCUCUCUUUUAACCUCUGCCUAACCAGUUAGUGAUCUGUUAUCGCGGCGAAGGACAGAGUACUUCUUAAGGGAUCACUGAAGAAAUCCAAGAGAUCAUUCAAACGGAGCUUUAGUGAUCCCUCGAAGAGGCUGACUACUCCGUUUGUCUCGAAGAACUGAUCGUCUAACUAGAGAGCGGUUUUAAGCCGCCGGUUGUUCUUUUGAUGAAGCUUUGCUGAAGACCUCCUGAUUCCAAAACAAGGAAAACAUUUCUCGCAAUAGAUCUGGUUUUCGAAUUGAAAUGCUUCGGAAGCUUGAAAUAGAGGGAGGGUUUUAAGCCUUCCAUUAGGCUUAUCCCCAUGUCCUGUUGAUUUUGAUACGAUAUCCAAAGCUCGAGAAGGAUGCGAGAUUCAUUUAACAAGCGAAAAUGGUUUCGACGUCAUAGAUCCUGUUGGCGAAGCAGGAGUCGUCGUCCGAAACUUUUCCGUGAACUAGGAGAUUGAGUCCUUGUUUGACCGCGUCGAUGUUGACGUUUUGCGACUCCGUGAUUGUAUGUAUCCCUUCAUGCGUCGUGACGAAAUCUCUCACGACGGCAUGUUUUAGAUUCUUCAAAUCGAUUAUCUUCGCUGACGCCGAGUCUAGGGUUCGAUCCAACGAUUUGGAAGUGACCAAUUUCAAAGACUGAGAAUAACCUUGAGGCGCGAUCUCCUUAGCGGUGAUCUGUGUAGGAUAAAUGCUUGCCGAAACAGAAGAUAGGACGGUUGGUACAUGAGCAACGCUAAGAAAAAGAUGUCCAAACACAAAACCUAGCACCCGUCAGAAUUUUAUCUUAAAAGGGAGGUCAUUUUACUUUUCUGUUGGGAAUUUCUUGAAAAUCGGCCGGAACGCUCUUCGAUAUACCAGAAAAAAAAUUCUAAAAGUCUUUAACCUGCAUAACUCCCUCGUUUUAUCAGAAAAGAGUCAAAUAAAACCCUCGAAACCCAUAUAACGGGCUAUUUUGAAACUUUGGGCCUUUGUUACUUGAAAACUAUGGAGUUUUGCAGGUUGAGACUUUCAGGACCUUCAUCUGGUACAUCAAGAAGUUUUUCUGGUCAAUUUUCAAGAAAUUUCCAACUGCAAAGUAAGAUGACCUUCCUGUCAGGAUUUUGAAAAAUACGACAUUUUUGGGUUAAUCAAGUUGUCUGCAAAGCUUACGAGUUAGGAGCUUCGAAUAACUGAAGGUUUUUCAAUAUUUUUUCAUACCAUGAUCAGAAAGUACAUAAGUAUAAUGAUUAUUAGAGCAGAGCGAGAAACUUCACGAGAGUCUGUAAAACCCUGUUAAAAGCCUUUUGGCCGGCUGCAGGACUUCGUCCAUUGUUUCAUGAGAGAAAAUAGCUGUAAUAAGCUGUGGAUUCCUACAAUAAGUCGAGAAAAUAUUCAUUGCGAGAAAUAUUUCUCUUGUUUUGGGAUCAGGAAGACUUAAAGUACAACUCAGCAAAUUUUCUUCAAAAGUCCAACCGGGGCUUUCAAACGGUCUCUGGUAAAAAAAAAACUGAACUUUUAAGUCAAAUUGAAAGUUAAUUUGACUGGCGAAUCAAAUCCAAAGAUUCUCUCUAGGGCUGCUAAGUAUUCUCAAGUUAGUUUUUCGAUCCAGAUCGCCGCGUUAUCUUAAAUUUCUUUAACUAAGCUUCAAACGCGAAUACUCGACUUUGGAGCGCUUUUUGAAAGUUUAUUGGUUGGAUCAUUUUGAUUUAUUACCGCUUCUCGCAAUAUUUUUUCGGGCCAUCUAUUGAUUUGAACGCUAGUUCGUUUUUUCUCUUUCUUCGGGUAGAAAACUGAAUUUACUGCUUUCAUAAGAAAUUUUUACUUAGAUUUUAAUCGAUUAUAUGAGUCAAGUUCAAAUUUCGCUUGUAUUGAUUGAUCGAAAUUCGCUUUUCCAGUAGUGAGCUUUUCCAAAGCACGUCUCAAAAGACAGCUGGUCGUCAUGUUCCACAUUAUUCUCUGGACGUUGCCCACGACCUUUGCCAUAGGUAUGUUUGAUUUUAAUCAACUGAGACAAUUUUUGAAGGGUUUUCAGUGGCAGAAUAAUCUGACCUGUAUUUUUAGAUAAAUGCUGCACGAGAGCUAUGUUUUCGUAUCCGUCUGGCGAUGCGAUUCCGCCUGAAUGCUCGGUUGAUACGAUCAAGUGCACGGAAAGCGUUAUAACCAUGGAAAACCCCGCUUCGACAUCCACCGCAGUUCGGUCUUUUUUAUCAAGAGCGACUAAAACCGGCGCAAUAAUCGUACACGGCAACGCGGAUCCACCACUUAUAAUCAGCAAUUUGAAAGAAAUAUCUCACGAAGGUCCAGGUACGGUUACAGUUAGAUAAAAAAAAAUCUCAUUUCGAGAUCUUUCUGAAAUUUUGAUCUGAAAUUUGAGGAGAGACGUAAAAAAAACUUAUAAAACUCAAAUAUUGAAAGAUUAUUUGUAAAAAAACUCGUUUGAAUAUAAACUGAUCAGACUUUUUUUCUUUUUUUGCUUUUUUUCAAUUUUUUUCCUCCCAUAGCCAAUUUUCCAGAUUAUUCACACAUUCUUUUGUAAAAAACUUGUAUGAUGAAAAAUUCGGCAUUUUAUGGGUUAGUUUUGCAGGUCCGGCGUUGUUUCUAAAGAAUCCAAAGUUGGUUGCCGGCAACUGCUUCAAUCAAUUACAAAAAAUAAGCGUGAAGGAUAUCUCUACCUAUUGUGAAAAAAGAGAUCUGCUGCGUCUCGAAGGGGUAACGGCCGAAGUGAGAAAUAUUCUCGAGACGGUGGCGAAUCAAGUGAAUUUUGUUUGUAUUUUGUUUCGAGCUAGAACAAACUGAAAAUUAUUGCCGUGUUCAAAGUGAUUCCGCGAAAUGCAAAAUAGCCAUCAGAAAAAGAAAGAUAUAAUUAAAUUUUAGGGAGUUUUGCAAUUUUGCAUUUCGCGGAAAUCACUUUGAACACGGCAUAAAAAACACAAGAAAACGCCUUAGCCGCACGUAGAGUGGCUCGAAGUUUCGGUUUUGUAUUUUUGUCGCGUAAAUACUUGAUUUCUUUGCUCCGAUGCGGUCGUCGUUCUUUAGUCGGGCGCUUAUUUAAACGACCUCUUAAAAGUAGUUAUAAACCCGUUCUUUGAGCUCACUAUCAACCAAAUAACGAGAAAACUGUCUUGCAUUUUUUGAAAACAUUCAAAGUUUUUCUUUUCCAGACUCUCCUCGAAUGUGAAAAACUAACGACAACAGCCGUAGUCGAUACAACGACGACCACGAUUAUCAGCUCUUCAGUGACAUCGAACAACACCUUAGGACUUCCUCACGCAUGCGUCCACAACGUUUCUUCUGCCGCCUCAGCGUCAGCCUCGGCUCAAAACAAGGACGAAGAGAAGGAAUGCCCUAGCUACAGUAAUUUCAAUGAUUUUCCGUAUUUUGAAUAACACACCGAACUGCAGCCGGACUGCUGUAUGCUGGAACAAUAGCUAUUGCGUUGCUUUUGAUCACGUCGGCCGUCGCGAUCACCGUAGCCACAAGGCUCUACUUCUUCAGGAAGGACGAGGAUGCCGCUCUUGCCGUAUACAGUAUAUAACUUAGUUUAUUCAACAAAAAGAAAAAGAAACCUGCAAAAAAAGCGUGAGAAAUUGAUAAUGGAUCUGCAAAAAGUUAAAGAGAAAUGAGCAUCGCGAAUCAAAAACAAACGUGUGCCAAGCCAGUUGUCGGAAUGCGCUCCACGGUAAAAACCUCGGAAAAUUGAAAAUCGCCUUUUAUUUUUCUUAAAAAAUUUGCAAUCGCGAGUAGAUCACCUCUGUAGUUGCCACUAAAACGUCAAAACCCUAUAGUGGCCACUAAACAUUUUCCCAGAAAGUUUAUUUUUGUAACUGGAUGCGAGAUAAACCGCGGUAUGCAUGACUCUCGCCGCAGUAUUGCUAUUUUUGAGAAAAAAAAAAUUGGCAACUUCCAGAGAACACAUUUUGAAAAGAGUUUUCAAACUUCGCUCAAACCUUGUGAACAUGAUACGUCAGCCUAUAAUAUUUUUUCAGUAUCACAUGUAACGCAACUAAUGAACAUGAUGAUAUUUCUCCAAUCCGGCAAAGAUAACUCGAUGCGUUAGUUUCCCGAUUCGCAUCGCUUUUUGAUCAGAAUUUUUGUAGUUCAUGGCUAUAUGCUUGAUGGUCUUCACAAAAAGAGUGCCCCAUUGAGUAAGUUUGGUUUAAAGUCGGAAAACGUUCCAUGUUUCGACCAAAAAAUAUAAAAAUUUUAGUUUGCAGUUCAAAGUUUUCUGGGAAAAAAAAAAUCACAAUUUUAUGAAUGAAACAAAUACCUUAACAGGCUUAACUUACAAUACUUCUUAGUUUAUGAGAAAAGAUCUCGAUCCGUUCUAAAUCAGAAACAAAAAAGCUUUCCCGGUUUGAGCUCUUAGCGCUUUCUUUAGAAAAUCAUAAAAUGCCCAAGCCUUGCUUUACAACGAAAAAAUAUUUAUCAGCUCUUAGCUGCGAAGUGAAAAUACCUUUUUAUCAAGAAUUCGACUGUUCUUAUCAGAAACUUCGCAUAGAGAGAAUUUUUGAAUUUUUUUUUUGGACAUUUUCUCAAGAUUUCUUACGGAGGUCUUUGAAGAUAAUAGUCACUUAGGAAUGAAACAAAUAGGGAACCCAGCCAGUUAACCUUUCUGAGUCUCUUUGAAAAAAUUUUUACAAGUUUGAGCGACAUAGUUUUUUUUUGACUCUAUUAACAACUCUAAGGAGCCUUUUUGGGUUUGUCCUCAUCCCUUGGCCAGUCCAAGAAGUCUGCAGUUUUCAAGUUAAAUCUCAGCCGAACGAUUCAAAAAUUCACUUUUGAUUACUUGUAGCGCCGGUGUACGGUAUUUGAAUUAGAUUAUGGUUUUUUUUUGGCGUGAGUUCGAAUUUUUCAGCAUGUCCUCAUGAUUAUUUGAAGAACGAAAUUCUAGUUAAAAGCGUUUAACAAAACAAAUUAGACACCAGAACACCAUUAACAGGAAACCUGACCAAGACAGAGUCCAAACAGAGCGGCAAAAACGAGCCUACAACAUGAUCAGUGCCAUCUCAUCAUCAUUUUUUUUCUAGAGGCAAUUACGGAUAAAUACCACGCGCAGGCCAACGUACGAAAGCAUAAAUUCCAAAAGAACCAGCCUCUAGACCCGAAAAACGGAUCUCCUUUGGAAGGCAACAUCACACUGGACCCAAGAAUUCCGGCUUUCGGAUAA